AUGCGCUUCUCCGCAGCUGCUCUCGUGGCGGCUCUGCCCGCGCUCUCUGCCGCCCAUGAAAAUCCCCUCGACCAAUACGUUGCCCAGUUCCAGCAGCUCAUUGGCAAAUACAGCGCCUAUCUGCCCUCUCCCAGCAAGUACGAUGACGUCGCCGCUCACGAGGCCAAGACGGGGCCCAAGAAGCUGUCCGUCCUGGGCCUGCACAACUGGGAAGAGACGCUCUACGAGCCUGUUGCCCCCGAUGCAAAGGUGCCCGUAGAGUGGUGGGUUCUGAUCAGCGGCGGCAACAAGACGUGCUAUGGCCGAUGUGGUCAGGCUGAGGCUGCCUUCAACGAGACGGCAGUCAAGUUUGCCCAGCUCCCCGCGGCACCUCACAUGGGCUAUGUCAACUGCGACGACCAGCCCAUCCUCUGCAACUCGUGGUCCGCCGGCAUUGGCCAGAUCUGGGCCUUCGAGAUGCUCCCCAAGCCGGCCCCGAUCGACGUCUACAAGCGGAGGCUCAACCUCACCACCGUCACCUCGGACGAGCUGGUCGCGCUGUACGAGGCUGGCGAUAAGAAGGAGUUUACCCUCAUCGAGUCGUGGUUCCACCCCUUCAACGGCAAGGCCAAAGAGCUUGGCCUGGCCAUUCCCUUUGGCUACUUCCUCUGGGCCUUCAACCUCCUGCCCCAGUGGGCGUUUAUGCUCAUUGUCUCCUUUCUCAGCCGAAGCAUGAUGUAA